AAAACACACUCGCAUUAUUCAAAACCCAGGGAGCAAUAAGCAAUCGAUAAUGGCGAUUAUGAGAGAUUUGAGAACUCAAUUUCUUCCUCUCACUCUUUCUUGUUCUUUCUCUUUCAUCUCUCUACUCUCUCUCUUCAACAGCGACAGCAAUGACUCGAAAAAGGAAGAAAACAUUAUUAAAAAGAGAAAUCGCCUCGCGAAUAGCGAACAUGCCUCCUGCUGGUGCAACGUGGCACAAUGCAAUUGGGCAUGGCGUUUGCUCCGGCUCCCACAACAUACAAUCCUGACAAGUCGGUAUCACCCCCCUCGUCCUAUGACCCCGGGAAUCCGUAUCAUAUGUCUCUCUCUCUAUUUAUUGAUUUCACCGCUCUCUCCUUUCUCGUUUCUGCCGUUUAUCAUCUUCUUCCGUGCCCUAAUUUCAUCCUGCAAUCUCGCUAGCUCUAUUGGUCAAUCGCUUCUUCAGUGUUGUUUAAUCCCACUCCCCUGUUCCCAGUAUUCAAUUCCACACAAGGAUUUUGUAGUUUUUGUUCCAUUUGGAUGAACUUUGUUCUGUAUUCCCUCAUUUUUCCGCAGGUCUUUUGGUGGGUAAUUCCGUUUUCUGUAGUUCUAACUAAAUCUGAGUGUUGCUGGUAAUAGCAAAUAUGGAAAUGAUUCCUAGGGGCUGUUUGGGGCUUUGGUGCCUGACUGCUUCAGGAUGGAUUUUUCCCAAUCUACUAGAGAGUUUGAUAUUUUGAAGGAGGGAGAUAUGAAGAUUUGCAGGGUCUGCUGAUUUCAUGAACAAAGCAAUGGGGUUUAACUGUAUCAAAUCAAAUUUAGCGAGGUGACAGUUGAUAUUUAAUAAUCAAGAGGAUUUGAAAAGAGAGGCUCUGCUGUGGCUUGAAUGAAGGUUUGGAUUCCUGGUUCCACUCAUUAAGUCAGUGGCUUGAUUACCAUAUGAAGGUCCAGUUCCUGCUCCCACUCAUUAAGUCAAUGUUAUGCUUCUGUAUACUUUAAAUUAUCAAUGUAGGACCAGGGAUCUGAAGAUGAAAGAAAACAGUUCUGUGAAUAAUAAAAUGAUUGAUAGAAACUGGGUCCUGAAGCGCAAAAGGAAGAGACUUUCGUGUAGGCCAGAUCAAUCCACUGGUAAAGUUGGAAAUUCUGUUCCGUCAGAAUCUUUGAGGAACCUUCUUCCUGCUAAACGCAGGCUGCAAAGUGAUAUUCAAUACGGACAAGGUCGACCUGAUGGUAAAGAAGGAAAGUCUGUUCCUUCAGAAUUUCCUAAGAACCACCAUCCUCUUGCUAAACGCGGGAUGAAAAAUGAUCUCAUCGCAGGUCAGUCAUCAAACAAGAAGAAAGGAAAUGAUGGGUACUACUUCGAAUGUGUAAUCUGUGAUCUUGGUGGCAACUUGCUGUGUUGUGAUAGUUGCCCUCGAACCUAUCAUCUUCAGUGCCUUAAUCCCCCUCUGAAGCGUACUCCUCCAGGUAAGUGGCUAUGUCCAAACUGCUGUGAGCGAAAUGAUCUUGUAAAGCCCGCAAACCAUACAGAGUCCGUUUCAAGACGUGCAAGAGCAAAAAUUAUUUCUGAUAAGUCUAAGACAAGAAUUAAGUCAUCUAGCUCUCACAAGGAAUCACGUAUGGAAAGUUCAGUUCCAGCAAAAAGAUCAUCCAGUAAAGUGAAACUUACAUUUUCUCAUUCGGUUCCAUCUGUUGAAAACAAGUCAGAUUCUUCCUAUAUGGAUGUGUCUUGUAGCACAAAAUCAAGACACUUGUCUGAGGGUGGACAUGGAGAAGCUAUUUCAUCAUGUGGAAAUACUGACAUUGAGAAGAAACCCAGCUUGUGUCGUGCAGAUGAAUUUGCUGGAAAUACUGACAUUGAGGAGAAACCCAGCUUGUAUUGUGCAGAUGAGUCUGCUGACAGGAAGUCGAAUUCUCUUGCUAAUGAAGUCCAGUCUUCUGGUACGGUUUUAGACCCUGAGCCAAAUGCUGAACCUGCUGAGAGAAGGUCUGACUCUCUGUGUAAUAAUGGAAAUCCAACAAACAAGCUCAUACUGACUUCCGGUCAUGCCUGUCAGACAGCCAAGAAAAAGAAGAGAAAAGUUAACAAGGAAGAUAGAGAUGAUAAAACGAGAUUUGUCAAGGGAAAUUCUACUGUAAAUUUUUCUCUCAAGGUUGGAUCCAAAUCAACAUCUGCAGGUCCUGAAACUAGUAAACACUGCCAAAUAUAUAAUUCAGUUGACCAUCAGGUUUCGGUAUCUAUGUUGAAGGAGGUACUCGGAACAAAAUCUUCUCUAGUGCAGCAACAAGAUAAGAGGAUCCCUGAGGUAAUAUCACCCUCAACACAUGCCUUAGAUGAAACAAGGGGUCAAGAAGAAAAAAUGGUGACAUGUGAUGAAAAUGUUCCUUGUGAGGUUCAACAGCAGGUUGAUCGGAUUCUUGGGUGUCGAGUUCAAAGUAGUGGAAAAGUUUCUUCCUGUCUCAGUCAACCAAUCAAAUUUUCUGCUUCCCCCGGAACUUCUUCUCAUGUUGCAUCUGGAAACAACUGUUCAGGGGCUGCAAAUAACCUGCCUUCUCAAGAUAUACUUGUUCUAGAUAAUUGUGACAGGGCAUUAGAGGAUUCGUCUUCUAGUGGUAAACUUGUAGAUUUUAAGAAUGCUGAUCUUCUUGCUGAGGGAUGCCAUGAUUCGAAAAACCCUGUUGAUAAGGGAAAAAGCACCAAGAGUGAUACCAAAGUAGAUAAGAUACAUGUCUAUAAAAGAUGUGCAAAAGAAGGCGGUGGAGGGGGAAAUUCCAUGGGAUUAACAAGAAGACCUUUCAAGCUUCAGAGUUUUAUGGCCUCAAGUAUUAAAGUUCGAAAUGGAUCGGCUGUAGACAAGGAGAAUGGGGAAAAAAUAACUAAAAAGGCAGUGUCAGAAGAGAACGCUGCUGUUGUACGUGCUAGUUUGGAUAUUGGUGGUAAUUGUUUGAUGCCAAGAGCAUGCAAAAUAAAUGUAUCUUCAGAUGCUAAAGACAUGAAAGAUGAGCAUAAGGAGAUAAGAUUGAAUGACAGUGGAGAAAACAAGAUGCAUGAGUCGGCCUUGAAGGAAUCUGCUCCAGUACAGACAGAUACAGUCUUGUAUGAAUUUUUGGUCAAGUGGGUUGGGCAAUCUCACAUUCAUAACAGCUGGGUUUCUGAAUCGCAAUUGAAAGUUCUAGCAAAAAGAAAACUAGAGAAUUACAAGGCAAAGCAUGGAAGAGCACUGAUAAAUCUUUGUCAAGAACAAUGGUUCCAACCACAAAGAGUGAUUGCCCUCCGUACUUGCAUGGAUGGCACAACUGAAGCUUUUGUAAAAUGGUGUGGUCUCCAUUAUGAUGAAUGCACAUGGGACAAAUUAGAUGAACCUGCCAUUGAGAAAUCUUCGCAUCUGAUUGCUGAAUUCAAGUGCUUUGAAUCCCAAACAGUGGCCAAAGAUUCAGCUGUGGAUGAUCUUCUAAAGAGUAAGUGUCAGCAAACCGAGAUCAUUUCUCUUGAAGCGCAACCCGAGGAGCUUAAAGGAGGUUUCCUGUUUCCACAUCAACUAGAAGCUUUGAACUGGUUGCGUAAAUGCUGGCAUAGAUCUAAAAAUGUGAUCCUCGCUGAUGAGAUGGGGCUGGGGAAAACUGUGUCGGCCUGUGCUUUUAUGUCAGCUUUAUAUUUUGAGUUCAAAGUGUGUCUUCCUUGUCUAGUUUUGGUUCCUCUGUCCACAAUGCCUAACUGGCUUGCUGAAUUUGCAUUAUGGGCCCCAGAUCUGAAUGUUGUGGAGUAUCAUGGCUGUGCAAAAGCAAGAUCUAUUAUUCGUCAAUAUGAAUGGCAUGCGAGUGAUCCAAAUGUGUUAAACAAGAGAACUAAGUCAUACAAAUUUAAUGUUCUUUUGACUACUUAUGAGAUGGUGCUUGCUGACUUCUCCCAUUUGCGUGGGGUUCCAUGGGAGGUUCUCGUGGUUGAUGAGGGUCAUCGUCUGAAAAAUUCGGGCAGUAAACUUUUCAGCUUGCUCAACACAUUUUCUUUUCAACACCGUGUUCUAUUGACAGGUACCCCUCUGCAGAACAACUUAGGUGAAAUGUACAACUUGCUGAAUUUCUUGCAGCCUGCUUCAUUCCCUUCUUUGUCAUCAUUUGAAGAGAAGUUUAAUGAUCUUACAACUGCGGAAAAAGUGGAAGAGCUGAAAAAACUUGUUGCUCCUCAUAUGCUUCGAAGACUUAAAAAGGAUGCUAUGCAGAAUAUUCCCCCCAAGACCGAAUGCAUGGUUCCUGUUGAGUUAUCAUCUGUCCAGGCAGAAUAUUAUCGUGCAUUGCUUACAAAGAAUUAUCAGAUCUUACGUAACAUAGGAAAGGGGGUCGCUCAGAAGUCAAUGCUGAACAUUGUUAUGCAGCUUCGAAAAGUGUGCAAUCAUCCAUAUCUUAUACAAGGUACCGAGCCUGACUCUGGAUCUGUAGAGUUCCUUCAGGAAAUGCGAAUUAAGGCAUCUGCCAAGCUGACACUGUUGCAUUCUAUGCUUAAGGUGUUAAGUAGAGAAGGCCAUCGUGUACUUAUAUUUUCACAGAUGACUAAGCUUCUUGAUAUACUUGAGGAUUACUUGACUAUAGAAUAUGGACCUCAAACAUUUGAAAGAGUGGAUGGUACAGUCUCAGUGGCAGAUCGUCAAGCAGCAAUUGUACGCUUCAAUCAAGACAAAAGUCGAUUUGUGUUCCUUUUAUCUACACGAUCUUGUGGCCUUGGGAUCAAUCUGGCUUCUGCUGACACUGUCAUUAUCUAUGAUUCUGAUUUCAACCCACAUGCUGAUAUUCAAGCAAUGAAUCGUGCACAUCGGAUUGGGCAGUCAAAGAGACUUCUCGUGUACAGGCUUGUUGUACGGGCUAGUGUUGAGGAGCGCAUCUUGCAGCUUGCAAAGAAGAAGCUGAUGCUUGAUCAGCUUUUUGUGAAUAAGUCCGGAUCUCAAAAAGAGGUGGAAGAUAUUUUACGUUGGGGAACAGAAGAACUUUUCAAUGAUUCUGCUGGUGUGGCUGGAAAAGGUACUGGAGAAAAUUCUAGCAACAAAGAUGAAGUAACUACAGACACAGAGCACAAGCAUAAAAGGAGGUGUGGUGGUCUUGGGGAUGUGUAUAAAGAUAGAUGCACAGAUGGCAGGACAAAGAUUGUUUGGGAUGAAAAUGCAAUUUUAAAAUUGCUUGAUCGCUCAAACCUUCAGUCUGGGUCCUCUGAAAGUCAUGAAGGAGAUUUGGAGAAUGAUAUGCUUGGCUCUGUAAAGGUGGGAAAAAUAUCAAAGUGAGGAGGAAGCAGCUCUUGGUAGGGGAAAGCGCUUAAGGAAAGCCGUUUCUUAUACUGAAGCUUUUGCUUUGCAUCCUAGUAAAACCCCGAGUGAGAAUGAUAAUCAAAAGGAGGAGCAGGAGCCAGAACCUGAAUAUACUCCUGCUGGUCGAGCUCUAAAAGCAAAGUU